ACUUUAAUAAAGUCUCGGCAGAUAAUAUCGCGAUAAAAUAUCAGAUCAUAUAUAAUAAUAUUAACGUUGAUUGAUUGAUUGAUGAUCAAACACCGAAGCUGCUCUCUCCCUCAUCUCAACACUAACCGCUAAAACAAACCACACAUCGUUUCUUCUUCUUCCUACCUCCUCCUACCCCCUCUUGUACCCCAUUAGAUCCACUUGAUUGCUUCUUCAAUCUUCUAUCACGCGCUCUGAAUCCGAUACACGCGCCGCUAUUGCUUUAAGUAUGGUCGUGAACGGUUUGCCGAUGAAAAGGAUGAAGAGAAGAGUAACAGCCGAUCUUUACGACUUCCUCACGUUCCCUUCCUAUUCCACCUCCGCUUCCGGAUCUGGCGCCGCCACGCCGUUUCGCGCCAACAUCAGGUCUUUCCUGUCGAAGCACGCGCUCAUGCCACCUCUCUCGUCGCUAUUUCCUCACGUCAUGACCUGGCAGAUCGUCUUGAGAAUCGGCGACGCGACGGAAAGCUCCGAUCCCUCCUCCUCCGUGGUCUACCUAGACGUGGUGGAGGAGGAUGUCGCUAGAUCUAGAUCCAUCUACUGUGAUCAGUGCCGAGUCGUUGGGUGGAGCGGCCAUCCGGUAUGUUCAAAACGCUACCACUUCAUCAUAACGGCUGAUGGUAACGCCAUUGGUGGCAACCGUAAACCAUGUGUGCGUUGUGGAGAUAACCUGCACUUGUCAGAAUUAAGGUCCAAGUCAUGCAGCCAUGUGGCAACUACAGAUGAUGUUGAGGAAUGGGUGUAUCACCAGUUGGAGGACACAACUCAUCUUUUACACGGUGUAAUCCAUUCUAAUGGAUAUGGCCACCUUCUUAGGGUCAAUGGCAGGGAAGGGGGUUCAAGGGUUCUUUCAGGAUGUCAUAUCAUGGAUUUCUGGGACCGACUGUGUAAAACCCUUGCCGUCAGGAAGGUAAGCGUGAUGGAUGUAUCAACAAAGUAUGGGUUGGAGUACCGACUUCUUCAUGCCAUUACCAAAGGCCGUCCAUGGUAUGGGGAAUGGGGUUAUGAAUUUGGUACUGGUAGUUUUGCCCUAACGGUUGAAUCCUAUAAAUCAGCUGUUGAAACUCUUUGUAGCCUUCCAUUAUCCAUCUUUCUGCUGCAAGGAUUGAAACCCAGCACCCAACUACAGGACGUUAUCUCAUUUUACCAGUCUUUAUCAAAGAGCAAACUUGUAAAAAUAAAGGACCUCUUUUGUUUUCUAAUGAAGUUGAUCCAUGAUGCUCGUAAGUCUACCUCAAGGGUCGGGGAUCCUACCUUCAAGAGACAACGUACUUCUUCAGGGGUUUUAUCAUGGAGUAGAGCUGAUGUUGCACGUGUUGAAGAGGCCAUGUUUAGAGUGCUUCGGGCAGUAUCUGGGUCCAACUGGGUAAAUUCACGUGCACUUAAGGGAGCUGUCUGCAGAGUUGCUCCUCCAGCUCUCCUUGAGAAUUGCCUCAUGGAACUUCGUGGGAAAGUGGCAGGUGAAGGAAGGGUUGUCAAUGCAAGACGCAAUCCUGAUUCUGGUUCUCUUGAGUAUAGGCUUGAGCCUCGAAAUAUGUCUGCAAGCACCAGUGGGAAUGAUACUUGUGUUUCUAACUGUCCUCCAUGCAAGGAAAUUCUUAAGCAGGAUCUUAAAUUCUUGUACCAAUCCAUACUCCAUCCUCAAACCAUGUCGAUCUGCCCUCCUGAUGAAAUUAGAAAUCUUGCCAUCAGCUCAGCUGAGAAGCUCCUUGACUGCAAGCAAUUUGUGAAACAUUACAAGAAUGAGACGCUAUCGAGUGGGAAUGGAGAUUUAGUUUGCAUCUCAUGUGAGUUGGAGCUUACAGAUCAACAUAAAGAAAUCGCGCCGGAUCCACCUGCAGAACUAGUAGUUUUACCAGAGAAAGCAACUGUAGCAGACCUUAAGACUGAAGCUUUGAGGGCUUUCCAGGAAGUAUAUUUGGCAUUCAGAAGAUUCCAAGCUGAGGAGUUGGUUGGCUUUGGAGGUGUAGAGGAUUCCACCCAGGUCAAGCUCUUGAUGGGGUCAACGGGAUCAGCUCGACUUCGAGUUAGAUGUCCAUGGAAAAUCGGGGUUAGUAAAUAUAGGUUGGAAAGAGGGAUGGAAAGGUGGACAGUGGACUGCAAAUGCGGAGCCAAGGAUGAUGAUGGGGAAAGGAUGUUGGCUUGCGAUGUAUGUGGGGUGUGGCAGCACACGAGGUGUUCCGGAACUAAGGAUUCCGAGGCAGUGCCUGCCAAGUUUCUUUGCAACCGAUGCAGCAAAGAGUUGGUGCGGACGACUCCAAGCGUUGGUCUAUGCAAGAAUGAGACCAGAAGCUACGGAAAGAGCUUGAACUCCCCAUGAUGGUUGAAAUGUGGGGGUGUUCUGAAGGGAGGCUUCAUCAACGUGUACAUUAAAGGAACUGGCCUAAAGGCCGUUGUUUUGUUCUUUGUAUAUAUUUUUGCCAAGAUUAUUUAAUUUUAUAAAAA